GCACCUGCAGCCGGAGUUUGGUGAGUUCGGGCACGUGCUGAGGAUCCAUGUCCUACAAGGAAAGGGGGUGGCUUUUGUGGAGUACCAAGAGAAGGCAGAUGCCAAAGAAGCAAUGUCCUCGCUGAACGGCAAGAAGGUACGAGGUUCUGUCCUCACAAUCGACAUCGCCGGCCCUCCGCCGGACCCACGGAAUCGCCCGAAAGAGGAGUGUUCGCGACCGGCACGUUCGUCAGAGAAGCCUGCAGAGACUCCGAGGCGAAGUGGCAGUCGAAGUCGUGGUCGGCAGAGAGCCGGCAAGGGCCGUAGCCGGAGCCGAAGUGAUCGGAGCCGGAGUCGAAAGAGUCGCCGGCGCAAUCGCGGCAGGCGCCGGAGGGGGCGGCGUAGCUCCAGCAACAGCUAG